GUCAUUAGCAUUCAAUUAAGUCUCUGUAAAAGUGGAAGUGUAUGUCUAAUGAGGCAGAAUUCAUGAAUAUAAAAUUUAGAGGCAUUGAAAACCAGCAGAUUGCAAAGGACUGUGGAUUGCAAGCUUACCACUGCAAGUGCACAGAUCUAGAUAUUGAUGUUUAACUGAGCUGAAGCCAAAAUGCCUUGGUUCUGUGGAUCCACAAGGAAGCGCCAUAGCAAGGCCAAAGUUGGUAACAUUUCUCAAUCAAAUGAUGCCACUACAGCAGUCGCCAAUGGGCGACCCUCUUUCACUGUCGUACUGCAAGAUUUCAAUGCAACUGUUUCCGAUGAACUAAGUGCACACAGAGGUCAAGUUCUCGAAGCCCUAUUCACUGACAGGGAGUGGGUGUAUGUAAGAAACAUUGACGGAAAAUGCGGCUAUGUCCCCCAGUCAUUUUGUUACGCUCUCGAAGCUGUUAAUGAGAAUGCAUUCCAGAAAAAUGAUGAUUAUUCGUCACUCCAUCGACAUCGGCCCGUGAGUCUACAUCUGGGCAUAGUUCCAAUUGGCCAGGGAUCACAGAGCUCUGUUGGAGUUAAUCAUAUUCAAGAGCAGGUUGACGGACCCUCUAACUCAACUCCAGUCAUGAGACAAGCUUCAUUAUCUACUCCUGAUAGUGCACUAUCUCAGCCUUCAUCAAAUCCAUCGAGACUAACUCAUCGCAGAUCAUUAUCUAAUGGCAGUCAGCGGAAUGCCCCAAGUACUGUUGCUGUGUCAACCACUCCUGAUGGUAUUUUCUCACAGCUAUCUUCCCCUCCAUUGAGACCAACUCAUCGCAGAUCACUUUCCAGCGCCAGCCAGCGAAAUACCACAAAUACUGUAGCUGUGUCAGCAACUCCUGAUAGAACACUCUCUCAAACAAACCCACCAACACGAACUCAUCACAGAUCACUAUCCAGUGCGAGCCAGCGAAAUACCACAAGUAUUGUUGCUGUGUCGUCCGCCACUCCUGAUAGAACACUCACUCAAACAAACCCACCCAGACCAGCGAUUCACAGAUCAUUAUCCAAUGGGAGCCAGCGAAAUACCACAAGUACUGUUGCUGAGUCAGCCACUCCUGAUAGAACACUCGCUCAAACAAACCCACCCAGACCAGCGAUUCACAGAUCAUUAUCCAAUGGGAACCAGCGAAAUACCAUAAGUACUGUUGCUGAGUCAGCCACUCCUGAUAGAACACUUACUCAAACAAACCCACCCAGACCAACUAUUCGCAGAUCCCUAUCCAAUGUCAGUCAGCGAAAUACCGUAAGUACUGUUGCCAAAGUACCAGUUGAUCAAACCAAUUCCAUAGAUUAUGAAAACACACCUGGACAACUUAUAGAAGGAACAUCAACCACAUCCCGACUACACGCACGUAGACAAUCCUGUCCAGCAGUUGCAAAUACCAUUGUUCGAAGUGAAUCGUUCUUCAAAUAUACCCCCUACAGCACUAGGCCACAAGUUGUAAAAAGAAGUGUUUCCAUGAAUGAAAGUGGUGCAAGAGUUCGGCCUCAAGUUAGCCGAUUACUCUCGUCCAGAGAAGCAGUUCACUCCAAUUAUAGUGAAAAACUGAGUACUGUUGGCCUCUCCAGUGACGACCGCUUGGACGAAGCAACUGCAGCUACAGAGCGUCAUUCGUCCAGUGGCUCUCCAGGAUGCUCGAGGAAAAACUGUGACUGUUCGAAACGUCCUGCAGCAUCCAAUCGCCGGAGAAACAAACUCAGUCGACAAUAUGCCGUAGACUAUGACUCAUCAGAUGAUGUAUUCCUUCCUGUUGCUGGUGAGAAGAAGCCUUUUGGGAUUUUUCGUUGCCUUGAAGGUCGUCGGCCUACAUUCAAAGGGGAAAUUGCAUUGCGUAAGAAUGAGUUGGUGAUUGUGUUGGAUUAUGGUCGUGGACAGUGGGCGUGGGUAAUGACAAGUCAUCAUGUGGAAGGGCUCGUUCCGAAAAAGCUUCUCACUCGUUAUGAUUCUGAUAGAGGUACGGGUGGAGUAAGGCAGGCAGACGCUACUACACAAACUGAAUUAGUUGUCUCUGGGGGCAUUAGACAGGUGGCCUCUGGCGCUAGUACCGAAACAAACACUGUUAGGCAGCGAAGUACGGCUUCAACUGCAAGUGUAACCACCAACACUGCUAGACAAGUAAGUAGUGCCUCGAGUGCCAGUGGUGGGAAAAGUGCAAGCACAUCUCCACUCAACACGCUGACCACACCAGCAACAGCUCAGAUCGAAGUAGCUCCCUCUGCAACUGAAGAAGGCACAUGGUUCUCGUUCGAAGACACGCUAGAGCGAUUAACCAAUCAAACAUCAACACCUCCAGCAAACAGGCGAUUUCCAAAGUCAGCUCCUGUUACACCUGUCACCCCAAACGACCGGCAACCUCGCCGACUCAGCGAUAAAACUGACAAGAGAAAAUCUUUCAGUACGAGAGCACUCUCAGAUCUAACUCAGCGAGGCACUCCUGCAUUAACAGCAGCUAAAGAUUACGAACCACCAGAGAACAGUAGCAGCUGUCUGGCUCUCAAGAAAGGUGAUGUGCUCACCCCCCAGUCGCACAUGCACUACCCUAAAGGUUGGAUGUGGGUGUGGCAUUCUGAACAGAGACGAUUUGGCUAUGUACCUAACAGCAGUGUGAUCUACACAUACCCCAUUACAAGAAAGAAUCGUAGAACUGCAACAGUUGAAGAUGAAGUAUAACCUUCUUUUGUAUGAACUCCCGUGCUGUGUUAUAAUUAUUUUGUAUCAUUUCACCCUACACCUUUAACAUAAAGUCAAUCAUCACAAAUUGC